AUGGAUGCCAAGAUUCAUCUGGAGACAGCGAAUCUUGAAGAAACUAUUAAGGAGGAUAAUAAUGCAUCCUCUCAAGAUUGGGCAAAUGCCAUGAUCUUUAUCCGUCACCACCUUGAUGAGGGACUGAAGAGUGAGUACCUCAUGGUUGAAGAUCCACUGACCCUCUAUAAGUUGAAGCUCUGUGGAGAACCCAUUACUGAGGAAGACAUGUUGGAAAAGACUUUCAGCACUUUUCAUGCCUUCAACGUGCUUCUGCAGCAACAAUAUAGAGAGCGAGGUUUUUCUCAGUACAACCAGUUGAUAUCUAUGCUCCUUGUAGCUGAGCAAAACAAUGAGCUUCUGAUGAAGAAUCAUCAGUCCCGCCCUAUUGGAUCAGCACAAUUCCCAGAAGUGAAUGUUGUUUCCCUUGAAAGGAAUACCACAUCUUAUGAUAAUAAUUACAAACGAGGACGUGGCCACAAGCAAGGCCGAAAGGGCAAAAACCAUGAUGUCCAGUUAACCAGGUUCCAAGGCAUAAUACAGGCCCAAGCUUUUAACAAGCAAAUUGCCAGAAAGGCAAAGCUCAUAUGA